CAAAUUUGUUUUCUAAAUCUUUUUCGCAUUGCUCCUUUUCAUAUUGGAAAAAAUACAUUAAAUUUUUAAUUUUUUAUUUGUUCGACCCAACGAUGGAUCUCACCAACUCGUCAAGGCGUAAUUCACACCCGAAUCGAUUGCAACCGGCCCGCUCAGUGAGUCUCGAUGACGAUGACAUUCAAAGCAACAACUCAUCAAGUUCCUUCAACAUUCUGCUUGCCGCCGCCUCAGACUCAGAAUCACAAUCGUCGCCAAUCAGUGUGCGUGACAUGAUCAAACGCUAUGACACAGUCGCUAAAUUGAGCAGCAAAGGUGGCGCACGCACCCAGGCGCCGCCGCAAAAACCACAACAACUGCAGCAUGGCUUACUCGCCACGAAGUCAGCAUACACUGGCGUGAAUAAAUUCGACACACACACCGCAACACAACGUCGGUACCCAUUGCGUCAGUAUGUGGCACCAAUGCAGGAGAACACGGGCAGCAAGGCAACGCAAACGCACACACACAGGAGCGGAAUGCAGAAUGGUGACCACAACAACAACAACAACACUAAAGUGAAAAGCAAUGAUAAGUUUAGUGACAACAGCAGUGUGGCAGGAAAUAUUGAUGCGGCUUUGAAAUAUUUUUGCAUUCUGCCUGAACGCCAUGUCUCUUUGAGUGAUUUGAGCGAAAAUAUUUACAUAGCCGAUCACAGCCGACGCAGCUCUAGAUCGCCAGAUCGUAAUAUAAAUGAUGUUUCAUGCAGCUUGCAAGCGAUUACAUCAGACGCGAACAAUAGCCCAGAGGCAACCGAUGGCAUUGAGGAGGCUAAUCUGCAACCAAUAGAGACUUCGUAUCAGAGCAAAACAACGAUUGCCAAGACUGCUGGUGGCGUGCGCAUCAUUAUUGACAUCUUUUUCGAUCAGGAACACCAGCCGGCCUCGGCCACCGAUGUAGUGGGCAGCCGCGUUGAGACGGAUCUACCACACAGCCGAAUACUCAACGAAUUUCAGCAACAAGCAGCGGCUGCACAAAUAGCUCGUAACUGAAUGUACCCAAAUACCCAUCAAAUGGAACUCUAUUCUUUCUUGAAUGAAAAUUAAGUGCGCCGAAGUCAUCAGUCAGUCAAAUGACGGAAGCGGCGACUUUUUGUUUGUUGAAGUGAGAUACAAAAUAGAGUCACCUACUCGCAGUCGGUGACAGCACCAAGAAUUAGUGGUCCAAAUCAUUUAUUUUAUUUUAUAUUUUGACAUGUUUUAAAUCACCAGGCGUUAUUGUAUUUUUGUGUGACACAUUUCGUAUGCUUUGAAUUUAUUUCUUAACACUUUUUAUCGAUUUAUGCAGUUACUGUGUGCAGUUUCUGUGGGUAAACACAGA